AAAGAAAAGAAAAGAUUGCUUAAUGCUUGUUCUGACAAGGAAAAAAAUGUAAAUGCAAAACCAUUGAAGUGGGCUCAUGGUUCUCCAAAAAACCAGAAAUGAGAAAACUUGGUGCAAGGCUGAUGUUGUAAUUUCACAGCAACAAGGUGACUUUCACUAAGCAUCGCAAUCCUAUAUAAACCACAGUCGGUGGCUCUCAUGCGAUUGGUCUCUUGCUCUCUUUCUUUGGGUCUUUGUUUUCACAACCCACCAGCGAGCAGAGAGAAAGAGAAAGCGAGGGAGAACAAACACAAUGGCUCUGAAGCUCUACCCGGUCACCUUCCCAUCUCAGAAGCUGCCUUCCUUUGCUCUCCCGCCAAUGGCCGGCCUCAGAUCUCCCAAGUUCUUCAUGGCCUCCACCCUCCGCUCUGGCCCCAGGGAGGUUGAAAAUCUCAAGAAGCCUUUUAGCCCUCCUCGCGAGGUACAUGUUCAAGUAACUCACUCCAUGCCACCCCAAAAGAUUGAAAUAUUCAAGUCUAUGGAGGAUUGGGCUGAGCAAAACAUUUUGGUUCACCUGAAGCCAGUUGAAAAAUCUUGGCAACCCCAAGAUUUUCUGCCAGAUCCUGCUUCAGAAGGAUUUCAUGAGCAAAUCAAGGAACUAAGAGAAAGGACAAAGGGGAUUCCGGAUGAGUACUUCGUUGUUUUGGUUGGAGAUAUGAUCACGGAAGAAGCCCUUCCAACUUACCAGACGAUGCUUAAUACCUUAGAUGGUGUUCGGGAUGAAACAGGUGCAAGCCUUACUUCUUGGGCAAUUUGGACGAGGGCAUGGACUGCUGAAGAGAACAGGCAUGGUGACCUUCUCAACAAGUACCUCUACUUGUCUGGGAGAGUAGAUAUGAAGCAAAUUGAGAAGACAAUUCAGUAUCUGAUUGGAUCAGGAAUGGAUCCCCGUACGGAAAAUAGCCCAUACCUUGGGUUCAUCUACACAUCAUUCCAAGAAAGAGCCACCUUUAUCUCCCAUGGGAACACCGCCAGGCUUGCGAAGGAACAUGGGGACGUGAAAUUGGCUCAGAUAUGUGGAACUAUUGCAUCAGAUGAGAAGCGCCAUGAAACUGCCUACACUAAAAUAGUGGAAAAGCUCUUUGAGAUAGAUCCCGAUGGUACCGUGUUGGCUUUUGCUGACAUGAUGAGAAAGAAAAUCUCUAUGCCAGCCCAUUUGAUGUAUGACGGACAUGACGACAACCUCUUUGAGCACUUUUCUGCUGUUGCUCAGCGGCUUGGGGUCUAUACUGCCACAGAUUAUGCGGAUAUAUUGGAAUUUUUUGUGGGAAGAUGGAAUAUGGAGAAGCUAACUGGACUUUCAGGUGAGGGGCGGAAAGCCCAGGAUUUCCUUUGUGGGUUAGCUCCUAGAAUCAGGAGGCUGGAGGAGAGAGCUCAAGGGAGGGCGAAGCAAGUUACUACCGUUCCUUUCAGUUGGAUUUUUGAUAAGGAAGUGAAGCUGUAGGUGCAAGUAUGGAAAAGCAAAGGUCAGCGUCACUCCUAAAAAUCUUUUUCCAAACAGAACUAGAGAGGAGUUUCUCAAGAUGUAAGCUGAUAUUAUAUGUUUGAAUUUGCAUGCCUUUCUGUAUGAAGAGAUUUUGCUGGGAGUGACUUUGGGUUAUGGUUGUAGAUACAACUUGAGGUUGUGGCUGGUGUGGUGUCAGCAGAUCUUCAGAUAGGAGGCAGCUGUAGUUUUGUUGUGUUCCUUUAAAUGGGUCAGUUGUAUGAGUUCUUAUGUUUCGUUCAUAGUGCUUUUGAUUUUAAACAAACUCUCCCCUUUUGGGUAGAAGUAAACAGACUUUGUUGAGAACAA